AUGAUCACCUUCAAGGCUGUGAUCAACGCCAUCUCAUGUCCUUCUUCAACUGGCAGUUCCUUGCUAACUACGCUGGGAGUGUUCCUCAGUUCUCUCAAAAUGUGCUGCCUCCAUUAUCGCCAUUUAAGCGGAGAUGUUGCCAACUGGCUAGACCGUGCUAAGGAAAACAAUGGGGGUCGUUACAGUGAGACCAGUGUGGAAAACGUCAAGAUCCUAGUCAAACUGUUCCCUCUCUUUGGACUUCAGCUUUUAUAUCGAGCUUGCAUUACCCAGAUCCCAUCAGGCUAUUAUCUACAGACGAUGCAUUCCAACUUAAAACUCAACGGCUUUCUCCUGCCAGUAGCAGUGAUGAAGGUCAUCAGUAUACUGCCGGUGCUGAUCUUAGCACCACUGCUGGAGCUUCUGAACACCUGCUACCAGUCUCCAAAGAAAAUACUGCCCUCACCAGCCACAUUUAUAAGCAGUUCCUUGCUAACUACGCUGGGAGUGUUCCUCAGUUCUCUCAAAAUGUGCUGCCUCCAUUAUCGCCAUUUAAGCGGAGAUGUUGCCAACUGGCUAGACCGUGCUAAGGAAAACAAUGGGGGUCGUUACAGUGAGACCAGUGUGGAAAACGUCAAGAUCCUAGUCAAACUGUUCCCUCUCUUUGGACUUCAGCUUUUAUAUCGAGCUUGCAUUACCCAGAUCCCAUCAGGCUAUUAUCUACAGACGAUGCAUUCCAACUUAAAACUCAACGGCUUUCUCCUGCCAGUAGCAGUGAUGAAGGUCAUCAGUAUACUGCCGGUGCUGAUCUUAGCACCACUGCUGGAGCUUCUGAACACCUGCUACCAGUCUCCAAAGAAAAUACUGCCCUCACCAGCCACAUUUAUAAUUAUGGGUCAUGCCUGUGCAGCUCUCUCAGCACUACUGGCAGGGAUCUCCGAAAUCCACAGGAAGAAUUACCCCCAAGUGGAGCAGACAUUAUCAGGAAAGGUCCUGCAUGUGUCCUCUAUGACCUGUUUCCAGCUUACGCCCCAGUACAUUUUACUGGGAGUGGCAGAGGCCUUUGUGACACCAGCAUGCUCUCUCAUAUCCUUCUGUCUGACUCCCAGCAACCUUAGAGGUGUCUCCUUGCAUUUCCUAACCCUCUCAUACGGAGGUGGCUGCUUUCUAGGGGCUUUCCUCGUUCACUUCCUUUAUUUUGUGUCAGGAGGAAACUUCUAUCCUAAUAACCUCAGCAGUGGCAACAUGGAGAGGUUUUUCUUUACGCUGGCCACAUUAAUGGCUAUAAACACACUGGUGUUUUGGAGAAUAUCACAAAGGUACACAGAUCUGAGCGUGGAGCUGAGUAGCGGGGCAGGACACAGUCACCUGUACGAGAAACUCCUGCAGUACAAGACCUGUCUGCGUUUUUAUGACACGUUGGAUCGUUCGGACACCUUGACGUCCAUGGAAACUGUCUUGUAA